AUGGCCGCCCCCGGACGCCCUAGCUUCUCGGUGCGCAGCCUCCUGGAUCUCCCCGAGCAGGACGCGCAGCAUGUGCGGGGGCGGGAGCCGGCGCCCCGAGCCCCCCGGCCCAGCGCCCCCUGGCUGGAUCCCGAACGCGGCCCCUACCCCUGUGAGGAUGAUGCUGAUGCAAGCCCACUGAGCUCCUCGGAUGAGAGCGGCGCGGAGCCCGGCCCCGCGGCGGCGGUGGCCAAGCGCAAGAAGCGGCGCGUGCUCUUCUCCCGAGCGCAGACGCAGGAGCUGGAGCGGCGCUUCGGGCAGCAGCGCUACCUGUCGGCGCCCGAGCGCGAGCAGCUGGCGCGCCGGCUGUGUCUCACGCCCACGCAGGUCAAAAUCUGGUUCCAGAACCAUCGCUACAAACUAAAACGGGCACGGGAUCAGGCUGGGGCGCCGCGCCGCGGGGGAGCCCCGGGCGACGCUUCGGACGGGAGCUCGGCCUCCUCGCAGGACCGGGGCCCAACGCCCCCAGCCGCCGCGGCCUGCCCCCUGCCUGGCCACGCGGCCUUCGGGCCCUACUCGGCGGCCUUCGGCCUCUUCCCCGCCUACCAGCGCUUCGCACCCCCGGCCCUGCUCGCCUGGAAUUGGUGA